GUUUGUUUUCAGUCGAUCCCGGGACGCUUUAGUCUUUGAAUAGGUUAGGUUGGUUUACAAUUGUGUAGAAGCUUUAAGGAGGGAAAAAAGGGAAGAAAUCAUCAAUCGCACUACAAAAAGUUCAAAGUGUGAAGAAAUGGUGGUUGAGCGUGAUCGAACCCAGGAGCUCUAUGUGCUCUUUGAUACUUUAAGGCAAUCCUCCACGCCCAAGGAUUACACAAACGGCAAAUCUGAUGCUCUACGAAGCAAUAACGAAGUGCAAAGGUUUAAUCGCUAUGCACAAGCGUUUUCAAUGGAUAUCGCAAACGUUUCGGAAUCUAUUAGUCGCCUGACCAAACUCAUAAGUAGACAAAACGUGUUUGAAGACCAGUCUGCCGAGAUUAGUGCACUUACGCAAGUCGUGAAGGCAUCCCUUCAGCGUCUGCACAACGAUUUAGAUACAUUGGAAGAGUUGAAAAGACGUUCAUUAGAGUCUCAACGAAACAGUCAAGGCUACAGUAGCUACGAAAAAGAUCGAUUCUUUAGUAGUGGUGCCUCAAGUCAUUUGCAGGCUUCUCAAAAGCACAGUGAUGUAGUCGUUGAUACGCUGAAAAAUCGCCUUGCUCGCACUGGACAACAGUUCCGUAGCACGCUGCAGCACCAGUCGAUGAAUAUAAAAACAAACGCAUCUCGUCGGCAAUUCUUUACUGCGGUUGAAAGACCACAAACAUUUGAGAGCGCAUUGUUCCAAGACCAGGAGCAGCACUCCCAGAUGCAACUUGCGGCAGGGAUGGGAAAUGCUCAGUACUACCGCCAACGCGCAGAGGCGGUGUCUGAAAUUGAAACCGCGGUCGCCGAAGUUGGUGAGCUGUUCAAAGACUUUACGCGAUUGGUUCAUGAACAGGAUGAGGUUAUCCUUCGCAUUGACAGCGACGUCGGCUCGGCGCUUGAUAAUGUGAAUGCUGGCACAAAUGAGUUGAUGAGAUAUCUCACCAGUAUUAGCUCAAACCGAGGUCUCAUUCUCAAAAUAUUUGCUAUCAUUUUCUUUUUCUUGAUGUUCUUCGGAUUUGUGGUGGUUCGCUAAGAGCAAUCAUGAUACGAAACUAUGUCUAAUGGUGUAAAAAGUUCAUUUCCCGA